AUGGAGUAUCAUUAUUACAAUAAGAAAACCUCUUUUCUUCGGACUAGUAUGGAGUAUCAUUAUUCCAAUAAGAAAACCUCUUUUCUUCGGACUAGUAUGGAGUAUCAUUAUUCCAAUAAGAAAACCUCUUUUCUUCGGACUAGUAUGGAGUAUCAUUAUUCCAAUAAGAAAACCUCUUUUCUUCGGACUAGUAUGGAGUAUCAUUAUUCCAAUAAGAAAACCUCUUUUCUUCGGACUAGUAUGGAGUAUCAUUAUUACAAUAAGAAAACCUCUUUUCUUCGGACUAGUAUGGAGUAUCAUUAUUCCAAUAAGAAAACCUCUUUUCUUCGGACUAGUAUGGAGUAUCAUUAUUCCAAUAAGAAAACCUCUUUUCUUCGGACUAGUAUGGAGUAUCAUUAUUCCAAUAAGAAAACCUCUUUUCUUCGGACUAGUAUGGAGUAUCAUUAUUCCAAUAAGAAAACCUCUUUUCUUCGGACUAGUAUGGAGUAUCAUUAUUCCAAUAAGAAAACCUCUUUUCUUCGGACUAGUAUGGAGUAUCAUUAUUCCAAUAAGAAAACCUCUUUUCUUGGGACUAGUAUGGAGUAUCAUUAUUCCAAUAAGAAAACCUCUUUUCUUCGGACUAGUAUGGAGUAUCAUUAUUACAAUAAGAAAACCUCUUUUCUUCGGACUAGUAUGGAGUAUCAUUAUUACAAUAGCAAAAUCAUGAAGUUUGGCUUCCUUUUUCUUUUUUUUCAGUUUUGA